AUGCCGCUGAACACGAGAGACGCACAGCUCCUGGAAGCCCCACAGCGUCUGGGUCAAUGCACACCUGUUGGAAGCAACCAAGGCGCUUCCUUCUUCCUAGGAGCACAGCAUUCGGAGGAUAACAGUACUCUCCACCACCAAACACCAUCAGAAAGAAACAACCAGGAACCAGUACCGGACUCCAUCAGAAGAAACCACAAUGGCACCCUCAAGAGCCCUCCCCAAGACCUCACCCCCACCACACCCACAACCCAAAAUCCCUCAGAAGACGAAGCAGCAGUAUCCCAACAAUCCACCUCCGCCCUCCGCUCCGCCCGCCGCAACUUCUCCUACCUCCUCAACCCGGGCACCAGCACCGACCGCCCCAACCGCCUCCGCACCCGCGCCCUGCUCCGCACAUUCCGCUACAUCGCCCAAUUCAUCAUCUGGCGCCUCGUCCGCUGGGCGAAAUACGCAGCAGUCGGGUUCGCGGUCGCCACCGUGGCUGCUACCGGUUUUGGAACUGUUGUGAGUGGCGCGAGGUUUGUUCUUGCGCCGACGGGGAUUGCGGGGAGUAUUGUGGCCGCGAGUGUGUGGGGGGUCGGGAAGUUUGUGGCGAGGAAGGCGAAUGCGAGGUGGAAGAGGGAAGGUGGGGACGGGGGGGUGGAGGGGAGGGAGAGGGUGUAUAAUGGGAUGAGGGAGGAGAGGAUGUUGCAGGAGGGGUAUGAGGGUGGUGGGGCGGCUGUGCCGUGGUGA